AAGACGAAAUAUGAAUAGAAAAAAGAAAGCUACAAGUAGCGGUCGUCUUUAAUUAUCCCUUUUUGUCUCCAUCUAUCAAAAAAUGAAUGAAGAAAGAACUGAUUUUUCCUGAAAAUUCUCUCCUUUCAGCCACCGCUAUAACAAAGCAUAUGGAUUCGGAUUCAAACCCACCCCUUCACGAGGCGUACGAGAUGCUGUUGAACAAGACCCGGAACAGUAACGAACAGAGUGGUUGUGAUGAUGAUAAGGUGGUGGUGGUGGUGGUGGAGGAUACAGAGUUGGCAGUGAUCAAUGUGAGGCAUUUAGCAGAGAGUGAUGAAGUGAGGAGGGAGAAGUGCAAGUCUGAGAUAGCGAAGGCUUCUGAAGAAUGGGGUUUCUUUCAGAUCGUUAAUCAUGGGAUUUCCAAUGAUGUUUUCAGCGGUUUGAGGGUGGAACGGGAGAAGAUAUUUCAGCAAACUUUUGAGAAGAAGAGCAAAGAGAACACGUUCUUCAACUUUUCCGCUGAUAGCUACAGUUGGGGAGCCCCCAGUGCAACAUGCAUUAGGCAGUUAUCUUGGUCUGAAGCUUUCCAUAUUCCUCUUACUGAUAUACUGGGUUCCAGCGAAUCCAACACAUUUAGCUCAACCAUUAAAGAGUUUGCUACUGAAGUUUCUACUCUGGCGAAAACUUUGGCUGAUAUCCUGGCGGAGAAAAUGGGUCAGAAGUGUAGUUUGUUUGAGGAAAACUGUUUGCCCAGUUCUUGUUAUUUUCGAUUGAAUCGAUAUCCUCCAUGCCCCUUGGCUUCUGAGAUUCACGGACUACAGCCACACACAGAUAGUUCUUUCCUCACCAUCUUGCAUCAAGAUGAGGUGGGAGGCUUGCAAAUCAUGAAAGAUGGGAAAUGGAUUGCAGUGAAACCAAACCCCGAUGCUCUUCUAAUCAUCAUUGGUGACUUGUUCCAGGCAUGGAGCAAUGGGGUUUACAAGAGUCUUCAACACCGAGUUGUGACCAACCCAAGAUUAGAGAGGUUCUCUAUGGCCUAUUUCUUUUGCCCCUCUAAUGAUACAGUCAUACGAAGCUGCACAGAGAAGUCGGAGUACAGGAACUUUAGCUUUGGGGAAUAUAUGCAAGAAGUUCGAGAUGAUGUUCAGAAGUUGGGCUACAAAAUUGGCCUACCCAAGUUUCUCAUACGUUGAGGGGCUACGUAGUGUGCAUCAGUAUCACCUCUCUUUUUCUUUUCCACAAAUAAAACUGCUAUAUAUAUAUGAAUCACCUUAGUGUCUCAACCUUCUUACAGAGUUGUCUGUAUACAAAGAGACACAUCUCAAAUUACAGCAUUCACCUGCUAUCACUAUAAUCAAGUAUUCAAAUUUUCUCAAUAAAAACAAAUAGAUUUAUAUAUUUUAUAAA